AUGUCCCUUCAUAACGAGCAGUGCCUUCCUGCCAUCCAGUCCUCUCGGGUGCCGCUGAGACUCGGCUGGGAUCGACAUGAAGUGGUUGUCCUUCGCCUUCCUGGUGAGGUGGUGCUGGUGAUGAGUCUGGCGUGCACGGCGUCCGGAGACGACGACGACGACGACCGGUCUGACUCAAACAAGAGGGCAUGGAGCAGCAGCGGGACCGGCCGACCCUACCGCCAGAAGUGGGGGUCGGGUCCGACGGCUUUCAUCGGUCACAUCCAGCGUCCUCGCCAGCGCGUCUUCGCUUACAGGCAGUCGUUCGGAGACGAUGACGGGCACGACCGUCGUCGUUCGGUCUAUCAUUUCCAGUCUCCAUGGUAUCAUUAUUGGUGAUCCCCCACGAGAAGAAUACAGUCGUUUCCCUUCUUCUUUUCCGUUUUCUUUCUUUCUUGGAACGUGGAAACAAGAGAGGUUGAGGAACACAGACUUCGUUUUCGUGAAUCGGCAGCGGUGCACGUGCUGAUACGGAAGAUGGUGCAAUUUUUGGCCGAGACCGCAAAGUCGUUCGUUCAUCCUUCGUGCUUGACGAAGUGGACUGCAUCGAAGAUCAUGACGACCGAGUACGUCAAGAUUGUUUCCAGCAACUGAAAGAAAAAAAAUUACUUUUGAAUAUACGAAAGGAUAGGACUGGGGAUUAUUCCUGAAUCUUUUUUUU